GUUGUGCGGCUCUUCCGCCCGUCUCGCGCAUGUGUAGUUCUCUUUACGACUCGGCUGGCAAAGAUGGCGGACACUCAGAAUGAGAGGUCUUAUCAGAAGCAGCCCACCAUCUUCCAGAACAAAAAGCGAGUGUUGGUCGGUGAAGUGGGUGCGAAAGAGAAGCUCCCACGUUACCACCGAAAUGUUGGCUUAGGCUUCAAAACCCCCAGAGAGGCAAUUGAAGGCACUUACAUUGAUAAGAAAUGCCCCUUUACUGGCAAUGUGUCCAUCAGAGGUCGUAUUCUGUCUGGUGUGGUGACCAAGAUGAAGAUGCAGAGGACCAUCGUGAUCAGACGCGAUUACCUGCACUACAUCCGCAAGUACAACCGUUUUGAGAAGAGGCACAAGAACAUGUCUGUCCACCUCUCUCCCUGUUUCAGGGAUGUGACUGUGGGUGACAUCGUCACUGUCGGAGAGUGCAGACCCCUCAGCAAGACUGUGAGGUUCAACGUGCUGAAGGUCACCAAAGCAGCAGGCGCCAAGAAACAAUUCCAGAAGUUUUAAAACCGUUCACUGAACAUUUUCUGGGUUCCGCUGUAUUGCCAUGACAUUUGGAAGUGAAAUUAAAUCUGUUCUUUA